UGAGAGGGGCGGCCACCGCCGAGCUGCAGCGUCGGGACGUCGAGCGCCUGGCACAGGAGGUGGUGCGACAGCGGGGACGGGCAGAGGCGGCUGAGGAGGCACUGAGGGGACUGGCCCAGGCAGCUGCCAGGCUGGCCAGAGUGGUGACAGCACAUGAGGCUGAGGUGACAGCUGCCACCGGGACCAUGGUCACCCUCAGCGCCCGCCUGCACCGGGUGGGACAGCAGCUCCGCGUCCUCCAGGGACUGAUGUCCCCAGCGGUGGCCUUGGACCAGGCACGGUGGCGGCAGGACCCAGCUGGGGACUGCCUGGUGGCCAAGGUGACAGGCAGCACCCAUCUUCUUGCGGGGACGGUGGCCAAGGUCCGGCGCAGUGGCGAGCGGGGACACGCUGGGGACACGCUGGGGACACCUUUGGUAGGGAGGACGUCGCUGGUGGGACACAAGGGGACACCAGCGGUGGCCUUGGGGGUGGCUGAGAAGGUGACACACAGCGGGGUGACAAAGGACAAGGCCACCCCCUGCAAGGACAGGAUGGGGCACCCCCCUGGCAGAGUGUCCCCCCAUGUCUCCCCAGCGGCACUGGGCUCCCUGGUGACGCAGCUGCAGGCCCUGGGCGCCGCCAUCCUCGGGGACGAUGGGGACAACGAUGACAUCGCCGACCCCCCUCCAAACCCGGGCACGCCGGAACCGCUGAGCACCGGGAUGAGCGGCUGGAAAGCUGUCGUUGAACCUUCAUCCAACGGAGAAGACCCACCUGGAAAGCGCGGCCAGCAUUCCCCGGAGCUUUGUUGGCAGCCUGUGAGUUGUCACCACCGGAGAAGCUGUGGAGAACAUCUCCAGAUGUUCAGGAACAUCCCCGUGAUGGACAAUCCAGGCCUUUCCGUGGGGAAAUCUGGCAUUUCCUCCCCCAAAUCUUGAUGGAUCAUCAAGGAAAUUCCGAUGA